AUGUCUCGCAGUCCCACGUCCAGCGAUGAUGAGAUGGCUCAGAGUUUCUCUGACUACUCAGCGGGCUCCGAGUCGGACAGUUCCAAAGAAGAGACAAUCUACGACACCAUCCGGGCCACAGCAGCCAAGCCGGGCAGCUCCCGGACGGAGGAGAGCCUGGGCAACACGCUGGUGCUCCGGAUCAUUAUCCAGGACCUGCAGCAGACGAAAUGCAUCCGCUUCAACCCGGACGCGACAGUGUGGGUGGCCAAGCAGAGGGUCUUGUGCACGCUGAACCAGAGCCUGAAGGACGUACUCAACUAUGGGCUCUUCCAGCCUGCUAGCAAUGGGCGUGAUGGCAAGUUUCUAGACGAGGAACGGCUGCUUCGCGAGUACCCGCAGCCCGUGGGCAAGGGCGUGCCUUCGCUGGAGUUCCGAUACAAGAAGCGAGUGUAUAAACAGUCCAAUCUGGAUGAGAAACAGCUGGCCAAGCUCCACACAAAGACCAACCUGAAGAAAUGCAUGGACCAUAUUCAGCAUGGCUCAGUGGACAAAGUUGUCAAGAUGUUGGAUCGCGGCCUUGACCCCAAUUUCCACGACCUGGAGACGGGAGAGACGCCCCUGACCUUAGCCGCCCAGCUGGACGACACCGUGGAAGUGAUCAAAGCACUCAGGAAUGGCGGUGCACAUUUGGACUUCCGUGCCAAAGACGGAAUGACCGCCCUGCACAAGGCUGCCCGGAUGAGGAACCAAGUUGCGCUAAAGACACUUUUAGAACUUGGGGCGUCACCUGAUUACAAGGACAGCUAUGGCCUGACCCCGCUUUACCACACUGCCAUCGUCGGAGGGGACCCUUACUGCUGUGAGCUGCUACUGCAUGAACAUGCCACGGUGUGCUGCAGAGACGAGAAUGGCUGGCACGAAAUCCACCAGGCCUGCCGCUACGGACACGUUCAGCAUCUAGAGCAUCUGCUGUUUUACGGGGCGGACAUGGGGGCCCAGAACGCCUCAGGGAACACAGCCCUGCACAUCUGUGCCCUCUACAACCAGGACAGCUGUGCCAGGGUGCUGCUGUUUCGAGGCGGAAACAAGGAAUUAAAAAACUACAACAGCCAGACUCCAUUCCAGGUGGCGAUCAUAGCGGGCAACUUUGAACUGGCAGAAUACAUCAAGAACCACAAGGAGACGGAUAUUGUGCCCUUCCGAGAGGCUCCGGCAUACUCCAACCGCAGACGGCGGCCCCCCAACACGCUGGCUGCUCCCCGGGUGCUGCUGCGUUCCAACAGUGACAACAACCUCAAUGUCGGUGCCCCCGACUGGUCGGUCUGCCCCACAGCCCCCUCCCACCGUAGCCUCUCACCGCAGCUCUUGCAACAGACGUCCUGCACCCCCGAUGGUGCCGUGAAGACCCUCGGGAGCUACACCCCUGGUCCCCGCAGUCGGUCCCCCUCACUCAACAGACUGGGCGGUGCCUGCGAGGACAGCAAGAGGCCACAGCAGCUCUGGCAUGUUGGGCCCACAUUCCCUUCUGUAGCCAGCAAGGACCCUCUGUCCGCCUUUGAGCAGCCGGGACCCAAGCGGAAGCUGUACAGUGCAGUGCCUGGGCGCCUCUUCGUCGUCAUCAAGCCAUAUCAACCCCUGGUAGACGGCGAGAUCCCCCUGCACCGUGGUGACAGGGUCAAAGUGCUGAGCAUCGGCGAAGGGGGAUUCUGGGAAGGCAGUGUCCGCGGCCACAUCGGGUGGUUUCCGGCCGACUGUGUUGAGGAAGUGCAGUGCAAGCCCAGCGACAGCCAGGCAGAGACCCGUGUGGACCGAAGCAAGAAACUCUUCAGACACUAUACGGUCGGCUCAUACGACAGCUUUGAUGCUACCAGUGAAUGCAUUAUCGAGGAGAAGUCCGUCCUGCUUCAGAAAAAAGACAAUGAAGGUUUCGGCUUCGUGCUCCGCGGCGCCAAAGCCGAUACACCUAUUGAAGAAUUCACGCCAACGCCAGCGUUCCCUGCCCUGCAAUACCUGGAGUCUGUGGAUGAAGGUGGGGUGGCUUGGCAAGCCGGACUGAGGACCGGGGACUUCUUGAUCGAGGUCAACAACGAGAAUGUCGUGAAGGUGGGCCACAGGCAGGUGGUAAACAUGAUCCGCCAGGGGGGCAACCACCUGGUCCUCAAGGUGGUCACUGUCACCCGGAAUCUGGACCCAGACGACACAGCCCGGAAGAAAGCCCCCCCUCCACCCAAGCGCGCACCGACCACAGCGCUCACACUGCGCUCCAAGUCUAUGACCUCGGAACUGGAGGAGCUCGUGGAUAAAGCUUCCGUCCGGAAAAAGAAGGAUAAGCCCGAUGAGAUGGUCCCCGCCUCCAAGCUGUCUCGGGCUUCCGAAAAUGUGGCUGUGGAGUCUAGGGUAGCCACCAUCAAACAGAGGCCGAGCAGUCGGUGCUUCCCUUCGGUCUCCGACGUGAACUCGGUGUAUGAGCGUCAGGGGAUCGCCGUAAUGACGCCCACCGUUCCCGGGAGCCCAAAAGGCCCGUUUCUGGGCAUCCCUCGAGGUACGAUGCGAAGGCAGAAAUCGAUAGACAGCAGAAUCUUUCUCUCAGGGAUCACGGAGGAAGAGAGGCAGUUUCUGGCCCCUCCACUCAAGUUCACCAGGAGCCUGUCCAUGCCCGACACCUCCGAAGACAUUCCCCCUCCGCCCCAAUCUGUGCCCCCGUCUCCACCACCGCCCUCCCCCACCACCUACAACUGCCCCAAGUCCCCAACGCCACGCGUCUACGGGACCAUCAAGCCCGCAUUUAACCAGAACCCCGCCGCCAAGGUCUCGGCGGCCGGCCGGUCUGACACGGUGGCCUCCACGAUGCGGGAGAAGGCCACCUACUACAGGAGAGAGCUUGACCGAUACUCCCUGGACUCCGAGGACCUGUACAGUCGCCACGCCGCCGCCCAAGCCAACGUGCGCAGCAAGCGGGGCCAGAUGCCCGAGAACCCCUACUCGGAGGUGGGCAGGCUGGCCAACAAGGCUGUCUACGUGCCGGCCAAGCCCGCGCGGCGGAAGGGCAUGCUGGUGAAGCAGUCCAAUGUGGAGGACAGCCCCGAGAAGACGUACUCCAUCCCUGUCCCCACCAUCAUCGUCAAAGAGCCGUCUACCAGCAGCAGUGGCAAGAGUAGCCAGGCCAGCAGCGUGGAGACCGACUCGCAGGCCGUCGAGCAGCCCGGUCAGCUGCGGCCCGAAGACAGCCUGGGGGUCAGCAGCCCCUUCGCUGCCGCCAUCGCCGGGGCCGUGCGUGACCGCGAGAAGCGGCUGGAGGCCCGGAGGAACUCGCCGGCCUUCCUGUCCACCGACCUGGGGGACGAGGACGUGGGGCUCGGGCUGCUCGCACCCAGGACGCAGCCUUCCACGUUCCCCGAGGAGGGCGGGCUCGCCGACGAGGAGGAGGCCCAGCAGCUGGUACCGCCCGGGGCAGCGUCCAGGGAGCCCGAGAAUCACCUUGUCGGUGGGGGCGAGGCCGGCGGAGCUCAGGGCGAGGUCGGGAGGCCACUGAAUCUGACGUCCACAGUCAAGGGUCCUGAAGGAGGCCCCGAGAAUUACGUCCACCCGCUCACGGGGAGGCUGCUUGACCCCAGCUCCCCGCUGGCCCUAGCGCUGUCCGCCAGGGACCGGGCCAUGAAGGAGUCCCAGCAGGGGCCCAAGGGGGAGGCCCCCAAGGCUGACCUCAACAAGCCCCUGUACAUCGACACCAAGAUGCGGGCCGGCCCCGAGCCCACCUUCACGCCUGUUGUUACCAGGCAGAACACGAGGGGUCCACUGCGGAGGCAGGAGACAGAGAACAAGUACGAAACGGAGCUGAGCCGAGACCGGAAGGGUGAGGACAAGAACAUGCUCAUCCCCAUCGUGGACACGUCCCAGCAGAGAUCGGCCGGUCUGCUCAUGGUCCACACUGUGGACGCCGCCAAGGUGGACGGCUCCCCGGACCAGGAGGACCAGCCGGCACCGGGGGAAACACAGCUGGGCCUCUCGCCACCAGAAGUGCCAGAAGGCGUCUCCGAAACCGAAGGUGCUUUGCAGCUCUCCGCUGCCCCCGAGCCGGCCGCCGCGCCCAGCAGAGCCAUGGUGACGGCCGGCUCCGUGGAGGAGGCGGUGGUCUUGCCCUUCCGCAUCCCCCCUCCGCCUCUAGCCUCCGUGGACUUGGACGAAGACUUUAUUUUUACAGAGCCAUUACCUCCGCCCCUGGAAUUCGCCAACAGUUUUGAUAUCCCCGACGACCACGCCGCUUCCGUCCCCGCCCUGGCCGACCUGGCCAAGCCCAAGAGACCGGACGCCCCUCAGCCCCCUUCGUCCAACUCGACGGGCGGCCAGAAGGCAGCUGGUCUCUCAAACUGCCUGCCCACCUCGUUCCUGCCGCCCCCCGAGAGCUUCGACGCCGUCACGGACUCGGGCAUCGAGGAGGCGGACAGCCGCAGCAGCAGUGACCACCACCUGGAGACGACCAGCACCAUGUCCACCGUGUCCAGCAUCUCCACCUUGUCCUCGGAGGGCGGUGACAACACGGACACCGCCACGGUCUACGCGGAUGGACAGGCGUUCGUGGUCGAUAAGCCCCCAGUCCCCCCGAAGCCCAAAUUGAAGCCAAUCAUCCACAAAAGUAACAUGCUUUAUCAGGACGCGUUGCUGGAGGAGGAGGCGGACGGCUUUGUCCUGCCCCCGCCGGCCCCGCCACCCCCGCCUGGCGCUGCCCAGUCCGGCACGACCAAGGUGGUUCAGCCAAGGACCUCCAAACUAUGGGGCGACACAGCAGAGGUCAAGAGCCCAAUCCUCUCAGGCCCAAAGGCGAACGUCAUUAGUGAAUUGAACUCAAUCCUGCAGCAAAUGAACCGAGAGAAAUCGGCCAAGCCAGGGGAAGGACUGGUCUCGCCCACAGGAAGCAAGCCUGCCAGCCUCGCGACCAGAAGCUCGGAGGUCAUGAGCACUGUCUCAGGGACCCGGAGCACGACAGUCACCUUCACUGUUCGCCCUGGCACCUCCCAGCCCAUCACGCUGCAGAGCCGGCCCCCGGACUACGAGAGCAGGGUCUCAGGAACAAGACGUGCCCCCAGCCCUGUGGUCUCGCCAACGGAGAUAAACAAAGAGAUCCUGCCCACCCCUCCGUCAGCAGCAGCCCCGUCUCCCUCCCCCACGCUCUCGGAUGUCUUUAGCCUUCCAAGCCAGCCCCCUUCCGGGGACCUGUUCGGCCUGAAUCCCGUGGGUCACAGCCGGUCACCAUCACCCUCCAUCCUGCAACAGCCAAUUUCUAAUAAGCCUUUUACAACUAAGCCCGUGCACCUGUGGACUAAAGCAGAUGUGGCCGAUUGGCUGGAAAGUCUAAACUUGGGAGAACAUAAAGAGACCUUCAUGGACAAUGAAAUUGACGGCAGCCAUUUACCAAACCUUCAGAAGGAAGACCUCAUUGAUCUUGGGGUGACUCGAGUCGGACACAGAAUGAAUCUAGAAAGGGCUUUGAAACAGCUGCUGGACAGAUAA